AUGAGAGUAUUACUUAUUUCAUUAAUAGUAUAUGUUUUAUACUUUACAUCGAAUACAACGAAUGCAUACAAGACAUUAUCAGAACAAUCGUUACGGAUUCUCACAAAUACUACUUCACCAAUAUUCACCGAUUUUCUCCCCUCAUUGCUUAUUCCUCGCGUAUCUGGUACUGAGAAUAAUACAAAAGUUCGCUCAUUUAUCUCCUCCAAAUUCAACGAACUUAAUUGGCAUGUUGAGGAAGACACAUUUACAGAUAUGACUCCGCAUGGACAAAUAACUUUCACUAACAUUAUUGUGACUAAAGAUAUUAAAGCUACUAAUAGGUUAGUGUUUGCUGCUCAUUUUGAUAGUAAAUAUUUUGACGAAGGUGGCUUUGUUGGUGCUACAGAUAGUGCUGUACCUUGCGCUAUGUUGAUGGACUUAGCAUAUAGUUUGGAUAAGUAUCUCGAUAAGGGAAAACAACAUAGUACUACACUUCAGAUUAUUUUCUUUGAUGGCGAAGAAGCCUUUAAUUAUUGGAGUAGUACCGAUUCUCUUUAUGGAUCAAGACAUUUAGCAGCUAAAUGGGAAAAUACAUAUGUAAUAGAUACGGAAUCAUCACAAAAUAAAGGAAAAAAUAUGUUAAAUGGUAUAGAAGUAUUAAUAUUAUUAGAUUUAUUAGGUGCUUCAAAGCCAUUUAUAUCAAAUUAUUUCACUACUACUUCUUGGAUGUUUAAUUCAUUGAUUCAAAUUGAAUCUAGAUUAUCCACAAACAACUUAAUAAAAUUGCCUGGUAGUUUAAUUAGUAAUCUAAAAAAUCUAAAAGGUGAUAUGAAUAUUGAAAUUAAAGAAAAUAAUGUAGAAGACAGUUUAGAAGAACAUGACAGUUAUUUUAAUCAAUUUUCUAUAAAUAAUUAUUAUUCUCAUAUUGAAGAUGAUCACAUGCCUUUCUUGAAAAAGGGUGUUCCUGUAUUACAUAUUAUUCCAGCUCCAUUUCCUGACGAUUGGCAUAAAUUAUCUGAUAAUGCUAGUGCUAUUGACCCUGUUGUAGUAUUUAACUUAAACAAUAUAUUUAAAAUUUUUACUGCUGAAUACUUAAAUAUCGAUUCGAUUAUAUAUGACAAUAAUCAUGAUGAAUUAAAGAAAUCUAAUACUUAA